AUGUCGAACGGAUCGGAUUUUGACCAGGUGCAGAAGACUACACAGUCCCAUCGUUUGACGAUUGAAGAAGUCCUCUUGCCUGAGGCAGGUGUCAAUGUCGCCCUGGGAAAGACAGCGGUCCAAUCAAGCAUAUGCUCCAGCACACACGGUUGUCAUGGGAACAUCCCGGUUGAUGCCAGUCGUGCUGUAGACGGCAACACUGCAUCAGACUACCACGACGGGUCCUGCACACACACUACAGAAGAGGAUAAUCCAAGCUGGUGGGUGGAUCUUGGUCAGCCGUAUGCGAUUGGCAGAGUGACUAUCUUCAAUCGGAUGGACUGUUGUCCGGAACGACUCAACCCCCUCAACAUCCACAUCGGGGAUUCCGCCCAGGUCAGCGAGAACCCCAGGUGUGGUGGUGAUCAUCGACUCUACGUGAAAUGGCCGUCCAUAUCAGUCUCAUGUCAGGGGAUGAAGGGGCGGUAUGUGGGCGUCCGUCUUCCCGGUUACCGCCGGGUUCUGAGUCUGUGUGAAGUCCAAGUAUUUUCGGGAGUUAAUAUUGCCUUGGGUAAAACAGCGGUUCAAUCAAGCCGUAAUGGGUGGAGCCUGGGGAAUCCCAGGAGUGCUGUAGACGGGAACACUGCCUCCGACUACCGCCUUAGGUCCUGCACACACACUGCAGGAGAGGCUAAUCCAAGUUGGUGGGUGGAUCUUGGCCAGCCGUAUGCGAUUGAGAGAGUGCUCAUCUUCAACCGGAUGGACUGCUGUCCAGAACGGCUCAACCCCUUCAACAUCCACAUCGGGGAUUCCGACCAGGUCAGCGACAACCCCAGGUGUGGUGGUGAUCAUCAAAUCGACGUGAACCGGCCGUCCAUUUCGGUGUCAUGUCAGGGGAUGAAGGGGCGGUAUGUGGGCGUCCGUCUUCCCGGUUUCCGGGUACUGACCCUGUGUGAAGUCCAAGUAUUUCCCGGUAGGCCUUCGCUACAUUUACUUUAUGCAGUAGUAUAG